CGGGUACGAAGUGGGACGGGUGGGGCGGAUAAACCUAAAAUCCACCCCGCCUCAUCACCCAUGGCGGGUAUGGUUUUUAUCUCCAUCCCCGCCCCAUCACCCGCCAAACCAAGAUUCAUCCCCGCCCCAACGCAGCUCUCUUAUUUGACCCGCCCCAACGCGGGUCUCUUAUUUGACCCGCCCCACUGACAUCCCUAGAUAUGUGCUUUAUAAGUGGGUAAAAGACACUUGUAAUUUGAAAAAACAAAAAAAAAAAAAAAAAAAAAAAGGUAGAGAAACAGAGUGUAAUUGGAUAGAGUUGACAUAUUUUGACUCAUAUAGUAUAAGCUACUCCGUAUAAAAUUAAAUGCUUGUUGUUACUUUAUUUUUCUUAAAUAAAUAAAUAAAUAUCUGGACUAAUAGAUUUAGAAUACUUUUUUUUAUUUUUAACUAGUAGAUAUACAAACCAACAGAGUUGUUUUUUUUUUUUUUUAAGGAACAUACCAACAUAGUAUGACUAUGGGCCGUUACUGUUAACUUAGUGAAGUAUAACUUGAGGUUCAGGUUCAAUGCAUAAUAAUUCAUUGAGGCUCAGGUUCAAGGCAUAAUUACUUAAGUGGGGUCCAGAAAAGCUGUGAUGCAUUUAUAAAUCUAUGUGGUCAUUAGUUCUUCUUAUUAACCACAACUAAUUAUUUGCGGUUGAGGUUCACGUUGAAGUUGAUAGUUGUGAUAAUUUCUUGAUGGAAUCUUAAAGCUGCAACUACUGAGUACUAAGGAAAUGAUAACUUGCGGAGAAGUAGAUUCUAAAGGUCACUUGGAAUUGAGGGAGGAUCCAGAGGCAUGGAUUAAAAAUAACCCUCCUUCUCGUCUAGCCUUGCGUUGUUAUGAAAAGGAAGAGGUAGGAGAAUCAAUAGGUGAGCUCACACAGCUCAUCCGCCUGGAAUUCUUGUACUGUGAUUCCCUGAAAUGUGUGUCUAACACCAUCACUAGGCUUCACAAAUUGGAGCACUUGCAAUUUUAUAAGUGUUAUUGUUUGGAAGAAUUGCCGGCAAAUAUAGGGCAGUUGGGCAGUUGGUGAGCCUUACCCAUCUCAAACUUAAAUAUUGCAAGAACAUAAAGUCACUUCCUUUGAGCAUUGCAAAUCUAUCCAAUUUGACAUCUUUAUCUCUCUUUUCCUGUGAGUCCCUGGUUGAAUUGCCGGCAAAUUUGGAUGGGUUGGCCCAUUUAUGUCUUCUUGAUAUUCAAUCAUCCAAAAUCAAGUGUCUUCCUUGGAGCAUCACGAAGCUACGCAAACUCCGACAUCUAAUGUUGCCCGAACAUUUCAGACUCGAAACGUUGCCAUAUGACUUGAAUCAUUCGGUCAUCAUUUCUGUUAAAGAUAGGCAUGUUCGCAAAUCCUGGGAGGAACUUAAAACAGAGAUAGGAGAAUUGCCCAUUCCUUUUGGUGGAGAAAUAAGAAAUGAUGCAGCUCAAAAUCCCUCUAUCAUAUCUCCUCCUGGUUAUCUCCGAUUGAAGGAGGAUGAUCCUUCGCAAUGGAUUAUUAAUAACAGAAAUUUACUCAUGUUGGUUCGAUUUUUGGACUUGGAAAAUGUUAAGGAGUUAACAGAUUCCAUAAUGCAAUUCAGUGAGCUCACCCACCUCUAUCUCUACUUCACUGAUCAUAUUUGCCUCCCGGAUAACUACUUUGUCACAUUCACAAGGCUUACACAUCUCUCUCUCGACUCUUCUGAUGUUGAAAUUGAUGAGUCCGUUAUUCACAGCUUAAGCAAGCUAUCCAAUUUACAAACACUACAUCUGCGAUUAUCCAUUUAUGAUAGCUUGGAAAAUUUUAAUAUGCCUGUCAGCCUCAAACAUCUCUCUUUAUCAUCUUGCAAUAUGAGGCCACUUUAUGAUAGCUUGGAAAAGUUAACUAACUUAAGGAGUCUGGAUCUCAAUUCCUGUGAUUAUUGCGAGUCAUUGCCACCAUGUAUGUAUAUUCACAAACUCAGGCUUGUGGAUUGCUCCUUCGAGUCACUUGACUCACUUCCUAUUGGCCUACAUCACCUGGAAAUUUUGUUUUUCAAAGAUUAUAAUGACCUGAGAUGUAUCUUUGAAAAAUGUUGGAAUAAAUUAGUCAACCUGGAGACACUCUCCAUUACAUGUUCUAAAAUGGAGUUCUUUCCUGAAGAUAUAGCAAGACUCCACAACUUGCAAGAAUUACAACUCAAAGACUGUAUCAGCCUCGAAAAACUACCAUCAAAUCUACAUGAGUUAGUCAAUUUGCAUACUCUUGAUAUCAGCGUCACCAGAAUCAAGACCCUUCCUCCUAGUUUUGUGAAGCUGCGCAAUCUACUACACUUAAUCCUCCCCAAGUGUUUUAACUUUGAAAGAUUGCCAAGGAAUCUGAAGCAAGUGUCCAUCAUCGAUGACACAGAAGAAGCAUACUACAAGAGCAACGCCUAUGAUGCUUCCCUUUACCAAGCCUCAGCCUCCGAUGAAAGCGAAGAUGAAGUAACUGUUGUUCCUAGAGUAGAAAUUCAUGAAACUGUCCCUGAUGAGCAGACAUCAGCAGAUCCUUUCAACAGUAUAAGUAUGGGCUCUAUUGAGCACAUAACAACAGCACAAGGUGGUAUUGAGCAAGAUAAUGGUGAGAACAGUCAUCAUGAUUUAGAAAAUGGGCAGAAACAGGUCCCUCAACACAAUAAGGUGGAGAGAAAUAGUAGAAUUGAAAUAUCUGAAGAGAAGCUACAACAAUGUUGGUCCGAAAAACCCGAUGUCACUACAAGAAACUGCAGAAAAAAUAUUUGGAGUAUCGAGGUCUACAUUGAAACGAACAAUAAAAGAAUUGGGUGUCGAGAAGUGGCCAAGAAAAGGAAGAAAACAACAGCCUGAUGCAAAGAAGAGGAAAACAAAACAAUACAGCACC